UUGCCACGGUCAUGGAGAAGUUAGAAACGAAUCCACGCUGCGCGCGCUGUCAUCGCACGUUUCUACGUCGUUGAUAUCCUACACUGUUCGUUGCUUUGCUGCUUGCAGUCCGCGUGUUAUAUGUUCACGUUCCAGUGUGUUAAAAAUAGGAUUUUCGUAGUUGGAGAACGUGAGCUAGACGGCCUGAUUUAGAUAUUUUGGAAGAGAACCCGCGCUAAUUAUAAACGUGAUGUAGACAGUGUUCGCUCAAUUCAACUGCUCCCGGCUCGUUUCAGUGGACCGCGAUCUGUUGCGUUUUGAGAUCGUUUCGUGCAAUUUGUGACAAUGGACGAAAUACCGGAAUCAAUCAAAAAAUGCAUUCUUAUAAUAAACAUGGCAAAAAGCGACACAGAAAAAUUUGCCGCGCUCUUCAUGGUAACAAAACUGGUGAAGGGGAAGGAUUGCAAUUCUCAAGCAAGAAAAGCUUUGUUCGAAGCUAUUGGUUUUAAGUUCCUGAAGAAGCUGUUAACAAGUAACAACGUCGUAGACGACUGCCCGCCGUCUGUAUACAAAUCGCUUGCCCUUUCUAUUCUGACCACAUUCUGUAAUGAACCAGAACUUGCAACUCAUCCCGAGAUGCUUGCAAAUAUACCAGUAUUCUUAGACAUUGUACAGACCUCGGACAAUGAAGACUAUGAUGAUAAUCUCAUUAUAAUAAGUGAAGCUUAUACUUGUCUCCAAUGCAUUGCAGAACAGGAAGCUGGGCAAAAGGCAUUAAUAGAAGUUGGAGCUAUUACAAAAAUGUCAGAAAUUUAUUCUCAUCAAAGUUUUCAAACUGAUGAAGCCCUCAAUAUUCUUGUAAAACUUGUUAGUCGGUAUGGCCCGGCUGCAUGGGGAAGUGAUCCUAAACCGUUCCAUGCACUGGUCAAUAAGAUAGCUCUGGAUUUUGCUACUGAUCAAUCGGAGAGAAAGUUUGAACUGGCUACAAUACUCAGUGCGCUUCUUUACAGCUGCAACAAGUUUAUUAUUGUACCUGGUGCAGCGGAUGAGACUUGGCCACAGAGUAUAUACAGAGCUCUUCAUGACAUACUUACCAGCAAAAUUGGUAAAAAUCAAAGAGACCCUGCUCUGAAACUAGCUGCUAAUAUUAUUGAACUCCUUGGAGUGGAGUGGACCUUUCUGGAUGAGGAGAAUCCCAAAAAAUUCUUCCUUUUGCUCCUGCAGUUGUGUGCAAUUGAAGUUAGAAUGCAGCUUGAAGAUAGGAGUUUCAAACAAGCAUAUGCUAAUGCAGAAUUGGUAACUUCUUGCUUUAUUGUUCUUGAAAUGUCUAUCAACUAUAUGGCUACAGAUCAGUUGGAUUUAGAGCAAAAAGAAAAGCAGUCAGUGUACACCAGCUUCAAAGGAGCAUUCAAUGCUGUUGUUUCUAUCCUUACUAAGGUAUCUAACGACAAAAACCGUGAUAAACUUCCUGACAGUGAAAAAGUUUUUGUAUGUGCUAUGGUCAGAGUUUUAGUUGCAUGGAUUGCACAAGAAACUACAGCAAUGAGGGAACAAAUCUAUGCACUGAUGCCAUUCAUGUUUACACUUGCUAAUGAUUCUUUCCAUGCAUACAGAGCAAGGAAACUGGCAGAAAAAACAAAAACUGAAGGAGAGCCUAUGGACACAGACAUAAGCCUGAUGGGGCAAAUAGAUUUACUGCGUUUAAUGCUACCUGCUCUUUGUCAUCUUGUGGUUGAGGACAAGGCAAGAGAUAUUGUAUUUAACUUGAAACAAGAAGAUAUACUCUAUGAAGCCAUGAACUUCCAUUGGUCUAUUGUCCAUUAUAAGAAACCACCUAUUCCAAAAUCUGAGCGUGGCAAAGCACGAACUCAGCCAGAACCAGAAUUGGAUCCUAAGGUCUUGGACGAUAUGAGAGACUCAAGAGCUGCAAUGGUCAGCCUAUGUAAUAUAUUUAUGAACCUGACAGUUUUGGCACCAAAAGCAGUUGAAAACAGUAUGCUGUUUAAUACCCUUCUAAAAUUCAUCUUCAACAAUUUGCCUGAAUUAAAGAAUAUACCAGAAAACUUAGUACUUCAUGGGCACUUGGCAGUAUUGGGUCUCUUACUUCUGAAACAACAGAGUAGCAAAGUGAAAAAGAAUGACUUUUCAAUUUGUAGUUACAUUCAGUCUACUAUUAGGUUUCUGUGGGAUGCUUACAAUGUUGAUGAGUCAAAUGACCCCAAUGCUCUUGUAGUAUCAAUGGCGUACAAAGAACAUUGGAAUGAAAUUGCAGAUUUAUGGUUUUUAGGAAUGCAAACAAUGAGUGGAGUACUUACUAUUGUGCCAUGGAUUUCUGAAUUUGCUAUAGAAAGUGGAUGGGCUGAAGGUAUAGCUGAAAUGCUUGCAAAGGUCAAGGUUGGAACAUUGCCACCAAAUGUUAAAUCAGCUUUUGAAGAUUUCCUUUGCAGAUUAGUGGAUUCUAAUGAAAGUGUGAAGCCCGUCUUAAAGAAAGGUGGAGCUCUUAAGAUGUGCAGAAACCAUCGGUUAAUGGAAUUAGGCAAAAAGCUUUUUGGAGACUAAACUAUUUGUUUUAAAUUGAAACUUUCUUAACUUUGAAAUUUUAACAGUACUUAAUUUUGAAUGUUCAGUUGUUUGCUUUCAAUUUGUGAUUUUUAAUGUAAAUAUUGUAAGUAUUAUUGUUGCAUCUUGCUACUGGUAGCAUUGUAUUGUUAACAUUAACAAAGAUACAGAGUAUAUAAUAAAGGAUUUGAGUAAUGUUCAAUGCUUGUCAAUUUCCAUUCUACCC